CUUCUGUCAGGGAGGAUGUGCAAGUGCUGCGGCAGCAACAUGACCAGCUCAGUCCGCAGGGGAAAGUAACACUCACAAGAGAGCGCAAUGGGGUCCUACCUCUGGUUCAUCCUGGCCUUUAUGAAUGAAGUGACAGCGACCUUCCGUCCACGCCAGCUCUCCCCCUGCCAAGUGGUCAAUAUGGACGUAUACUGCAAUGAUUUGAACCUUAGAACCAUCCCAGAAGAGCUGCCCCCUAACAUUUAUACACUGGACCUCUCUCGGAACCUCCUCCAGAAUCUCACGCAGGAACUCUUAGCCUUCUACACCACCAUUCACCACCUCAACCUCCACUCCAAUAAGAUCCAGUUCAUUCAGCCUGGGCUUUUCAAAGACAUGACUAAUCUGCAGGAGCUGGAUCUCUCCAAGAACUAUCUAGAUAUUUUUGCUGUGUCAAAAACCGAGGUCGGCCCUCUUUCAACUGUGAAAAAGCUAAGUCUCUCAGGCAACGGCUUGUACACAGGCAUGACAGACUACUUUCUGAGGGAUGCCCCAUCUCUUUUGAACCUCUCCUUAGAUGGCAAUAGCAUUACCAAAAUUGGCAAAGAAACCUUUUCUGGUUCAUUGGCUUUGAGAAACAUCGAUCUCCACAACAAUGUCAUUCUGGAGAUUGAGGAAGGGGCAUUUGAGUCAUUGCUGGAUCUAUCCGAACUUGAUUUGUCCAUGAACUCCAUCACCUGCAUCACUGACUUUAAUCUCUCUCAACUGAAGCUGCUGAACCUCAGUAAAAAUAGCUUGGAGUCAUUCCAGACCACAGACUCUGACCUUGAGUUUGAGCUCUUGUACCUUGACCUUAGAGAAAACAAAAUCCACUACUUUCCCAUCCUCCCUAGAAAGAACAGGCUAAUCUAUCUGGACCUAUCCAGAAACCGAAUGAGAAGUGUUAACACCACAGGCCUUUCAGAGGAUCUGGAGUAUAUUAGUGAGGGCAGAUUCACAACCCACGCCUUGUCUGCUGGUAAAACCAACCGCAAUGACUUCUCUAGGCUCCUGUACUUAGACAUGAGUUACAAUCAAAUUAAAAGCAUACCAGCUUCAUUCUUAAGAGGCUUGGGAUCUAUUGAGGUGCUCAACCUCAGCAACAAUUGCCUGGAGGCAUUCUCUGUGGACCACAGUGGUCCUCUGAAUACCUUGAAAACUCUCGAUCUGAGCUUCAAUGUCCUGCAGAACCUCUCCUUCGGAGAGAACACCCUCCAGACACUGGAGGAGCUAUAUCUGAAUGGAAAUAUUCUGGGCACCAUCGACCCACUCACCUUCUACAGGCUGCCUAGGAUCAGAGACCUUCACCUGCAGCAGAACUUUUUGAGUGUGUGCGGGUCACACCAUAGGCUCCCUCAGAGGGGCCACCGUUCACAGGCAAGUGACUGUGUCUUCCUCUCCUCCAUACCCACACUGCACUACUUGUACCUGUCCAGGAACAGCCUGGACUCUGUGCCACAGAAUGCAUUCCGUGGGAGUCCGCUGUUGGUGCUGGACCUGUCUGAGAACCCUGGCUUGGACAUUCACCAGAAUGCCUUUUCAGGCCUGGAAUCAUCCCUGACUCAUUUGUCACUGAAGGAGAAUGAUCUUGGGGUGCUGAAAACUGAUCUGUCCGUCCUGAGUAGUCUGAAGAAUGUGGACCUGUCCAUGAACAGGUUAACCACCCUCCCCUUGUGGAACAAGGAAACGGUCAUUGAGUCCCUAAACCUGCAGAACAACAGCCUGGUUACGCUGGAGUACAGCACGGUGCUGGUGCUGGAGAAAACACUCAAGACCCUUUACCUGGGCUCCAACCCUCUCAGCUGCUGCGGCAACCUGAGGUUUCUCCGCAUGGUCCAGAAGUCCUCCGUGGACAUCCCGGACAUCGCCUCGGUGACGUGCCAGUACACUCAGGACUCCGAGCAUAAGGAGAUCAGCAUCAUGAGUGUGGAGCAGGAACACUGUGAUACCAUAGAUAAAAAGAGCUUGGGCAUCAUCGUCAUCAUAAUUACAGCUCUGGUACUGAUCGGGGUCCUCACUCUCCUCUCUAAAAUGUGCCACCCCAGGAGACGCAGGCUGAGGCGUAGCUUUAAGGCCUGAAAGAUGGACAGUGAACUAAGCAAUAAAUAAAUACGGCUGCUGAUGGUGUUCAUGUCUAGACAAAAUUAUGCGGGGAAUAGAAGACAUUGUGGCGUGACCUCAGUCUACGAAAGCAAGAAGUAUUUCUCUUCCUUGUUUUUCUUAAACUUCUCAGCACAGGUUAUUGUGAUUUUUAAUAGCAGAAAAACUAAAUUAAUAGUUUUCAUCAAUUCAGUUAUAUGGUAAAUACAAUAGAUUUGAUCAGAGUGAUUUGCACAGCAAAGCAUAUGUACACAACUCCUUAUUAAAUUAGUGGGGAGGGUGUGACUUUGUCCAGCAAAUUGAUUUGUCCUGUGGUACAAGUAGUCAUGAUUUUUGGUUGACAAAAAUGGAAGGUUAUAUUUUUGAUUGCACAGGGUCCUUCAGCUAGAAUGCAUUACUGUAAGUAAGGCCUUUUUAUAGACAUGUUUUGUACUCUUUUAUGGAAAAGUAAUAGUUUGCACUUUAAUGACUUUAGACAUGGGGCUACAUUUACAACAUAAAAAUGUGUGCAUUUUGAAUUUUUUUAUGUAACGAUAUACAUAGAAUGGUCCAAGAAGUACCAGUGAUGAUGCACAAUGCACAAAUUAAUAAGUUCUCAUAGGACAUCAGAAUUUAUACUGCCCUUUUUACUGGCGGUGUUCUCCAAAGAAGCAAUUAUAAUGAUGAAAGAAAAUACACAAUUACUCCUUGUCACAGUCUACAGAUUUUCUAUUUGAAGGACGCAUAGUACAAUCAAGUUUUAAAGUGUUGAAAUGAUCACCAAGUUUUCUCUACCUUUCUGUAUGUGUGAUGUGUAAUAUUUUUGUAUUGUUUUAUUAAGGGGAGGUGUGUUUUGUGGGGAAAGUGUGUUCAGGCCAAAAAAGGGUUGAGCCAAUAUUCUCCAGAGGAAGCCUUACUGUCAGAACACCUGCAGAAAAAAUGUUGCCUGUUUAUACAGCUUGCUGGGUACUGCAGAUACCUUUCCUGUUUUUGACAGAGCAUUAGGAGCUCAUUUACCUAAAGCCUGAGCAACCUUAUCGUGUGCAAUUUUAAAAUGUGCAUUCCAGGAAUGUGGUUUUCUGAACGUGGAUGCACAUCAGCCUUUCCCAUACCUUUUCUCUGCUCCUUUACAUGGAACGAUUGUUGGGGCAAGUCACGGGUUUGACUCCAUUAAAUCGUCCAGUGGAUCCAAAAGCUUAAACAGAGCAGAAAAAAGUCAAUUUAUUCCAAAGCGAGAGACAUUUAAUUCUAUUUAAGCAGAGCCUUAAUUCCUAAUUCUUAUGCUGUGUCGGGAGGAAUCAUGGGACAUGGUGGAAGGAACAACCAUUUACUUUGUGCUGAUUUGCCAAGAAGUCCAAUGGGAUUCACUGCUAGUCAUCCCUUCAGUGAACCAUUGCCAGACCUAAGUCUUUAAUUGCAUAUGAGGUUUCCAUUUGUACCACAUGAUCGACGUGCUAUCAAUCAAAACUACGCAAUCACAGACAAACAAAACAACAUUAUUUAAAAGAAAGGAAAGCUUUGUCCUUUCAUGCACAGGUCAGGUUGUUGCAUUUAUCCCCUCCCACACUCUCCACCUGUUAGGGAUAUGCAUGCAAGAUUAAUCAAUGACACUAAAGCAGCAUUAAACUGGAUUCCUCAGAUCCUGCACAGAAAUUAAAAUCCAACACCUGUUUGAACAGGAGUCUUGUCCUGAAGCUGACAAAGUUUUAUCCGGAUUCUCACAGUGAAGAGUAAUUAUGACUCGCUAUGUUAAUAAGAUUCUGUAAAUUAUGUAUUUAUGUUUUUUUUCCUGCUUAAAGGAAUAUUGCUAUACAUGUACAAGUCUCAUAUGACAAAUAUAUUCCAAGUCAGUAUUACCAUAUGUUGGGCGAUUUUUAAGUGUAAUGCUACAUGCAGGAAGCAUGCCCUUCCUUGCUGAAUCUUUUGUCUAAAGUGUUACUCCAUUCAGAUUGUCUCUGACCACCAAAUGGAAAGAGGAAACCCCCUGCAGAAGGAAGUAUUUUCUUUCCUUAUGCAUAUUUAUAGAUAUUUAUUUCAGAACCAAUUUACACUAGAAGAAUAGCUGGUCUGUCCUAUCACCUUCACAUCUCACUGACUCAUGGUCACUGCUUUUGAAUGACUGCCUUCUUCUGCUUUUCCAGCCCACUGAACCUUCUCACCUGAAACCAAAACUAAACCUAGUUACAAAAGGUCACUCUGUAGAGAUAAACAGAUAGAGUCUUUUCAUAGUGGUCCAUUCUAGGAUGAUAACCAAGUUGACUUUAUUUGUGGACCAGUAUCAUUUGUGUCAGUUUAUACGCGUCUAACCUGUUACAAAGUGUAUGAAGGAAAAUGUUACAGUGAACUGUUUUUCUGUGUAGU